CACUUGCUUCUGGGUACCUAUAAAUCCAACCAAAACCUCCAUAAUAUUGAAGGAGAAAGCUAUCAUUUCUUUAUUUUUCUUCAUUCCUUCAUUGGAACUUAAAUGGCCUUAGCCAUCGUAAUUCUUGCCCUGUUUUUACUCCUCUGUUUUUGCGCUGCUUUAUUCCAAUGGAAUGAGGUUCGAUACAGAAAAAAUGGGUUGCCUCCUGGUACAAUGGGUUGGCCUGUUUUUGGUGAAACCUCUGAGUUUCUUAAACAAGGUCCGAAUUUUAUGAAUUCUAAAAGAGCAAGGUAUGGGAGCUUUUUCAAAUCACAUAUUUUGGGAUCUCCUACGGUUAUUUCUAUGGAUCCAGAGGUUAAUAGAUAUAUAUUAAUGAAUGAAUCUAAAGGACUUGUCGCUGGUUAUCCUCAAUCUAUGCUUGAUAUACUUGGAACAUGCAAUAUCGCUGCCGUACACGGCGAUGCUCAUAAGCUUAUGAGAGGUGCUCUACUUGCUAUUGUUGGUCCCACCAUGAUUAAGGAUCGUCUUCUUCUUCAAGUUGAUGAGUUUAUGCGAUCCCAUUUGCGUAACUGGGAUAGCCAAAUCAUUGAUAUUCAAGAAAAAACUAAACAGAUGGCUUUCUGGACAUCUUUGAAGCAGACUACCAGUAUCGUAUCCGGUCCAUUAUGGGAAUCUUUCACCAUAGAAUUCUUUAAGCUCGUGCUGGGCACUUUCUCGCUCCCUAUCGAUCUUCCGGGCACGAAUUACCGUAUAGGAGUUCAGGCAAGGAAUAACAUAGUAAAGCUAUUGAAGAAGCUGAUUAGUGAGAGAGUAAAUUCAAAGAUUCAAAAAGAUGACAUGCUUGGAUAUUUAUUGAGUGAAGAGAACAAAUAUAAACUAAAUGAGGAACAGAUUAUUGAUCAAAUCAUUACUGUUUUCUAUUCUGGUUAUGAAACUGUUUCAACAACUUCAAUGAUGGCUGUAAAGUUCCUUCAUGAUCAUCCCAAAGUUCUUCAGCAACUCAGAGAAGAACAUAUAGCAUUAAGAGAGAAGAAAAAUCCUGAGGACCCGAUUGAUUGGGAUGAUUUUAAAGCAAUGGAUUUCACGCGUGCGGUGAUUUUUGAAACAUCAAGGCUAGCAACUGUUGUUAAUGGUGUUUUGAGAAAAACUACGAAGGAUUUGGAAGUAAAUGGGUUUCUAAUUCCUAAAGGAUGGAGGAUUUAUGUGUAUACUAGAGAGAUAAACUAUGACCCUUUUCUCUAUUCUGAACCAUUCACCUUCAACCCUUGGAGAUGGCUGGUGGGUUUUUCUCUCUCUCGCUUAACUUUCUUUCUCUCCCUUUACCCCUUGUUGAAAAAUGACCAUUUUGCAUUGCUCUUGUCAUUUUUUCAGGAUAAAAACUUAGAGUCUCAUAAUUAUUUUUUCCUCUUUGGAGGUGGAACUAGGCUUUGUCCUGGCAAAGAAUUGGGAAUUGCAGAGGUUUCUACAUUUUUACAUUACUUUGUAACUAAAUACAGGUGGGAAGAAGUUGGAGGAUGUAAGCUCUUGAAAUUUCCAAGAGUAAAAGCUCCAAAUGGGUUUCACAUUAGGGUUUCAUCGUAUUGACUGAAUAAACUUAAUAAGAUAUAUUAAAAAAAAGUGAGUUAUUGUGAAGAGUUUGAUAUACAGUUGUUGAUAUGAUGACAGUACAGGAACUGCCAAUGUUGGAGAUAUAAUAUAUAGGAGAGGAUGUACGUACACAUUCUAACACCUUGACCUUAGGGGCAAAAGGAAUGAAAUUAAAAUUUCAAACUCUUUUUCCUCUAAAGUAUCUUACUUUCCAACCUUUCAAUUUGAGCUUAUUUAGCUCGACAAAUAAUCCAGCCUGCACACUUGCAACCCCUACCUACUAUUGUUCUCUAUUAUAAGCUAUAAGAACCAACUUAAGCAAUUAUUACGGAUCGGUUAUAUAUAAGAUUCGAAAUACGUAUCAAUGCCAAUGAAAUUAUUGAGGUUUUGAUUUUCUGGUAAUAUGGUUCUCCAUGAAAAUUUCAAGAAAAAUUUAUGAAAGUAGAUCGGGAGAUUGAUAGAAAUUGUUAUAAUUCCUUAAUGAAA